CGGAUGAAUAUUCAUGCCGGUCUUACAAAGCUGUCAGACUCAUUGUGGUCUUUAAGGCUGAUCACCCAGAAGCUAUGCUGAUCCCUUGAUUUUGGUUGGAGAGUGCCUGGAGACUAGAUCUCAUGCGUAGUCAUAGUCAUGGCCUCAUGAUAUCGAGGAAUUACUGAGUAUUGUACCACAAGUAGUGGAGCAUGAAGAGUCGGUGUUAGCACAAUUGCGAAGACGAAGACUCGAAUUGCUUGUAAAUGUCGGACUCGACUCACGAGGCAGCUAUGGGGGCUGCUGAUUGACGAUGGCUUCCAUACCGCAAAGUCUUGGCUCGAUCGACGGCACGGUAAUCACACCAAGCGCUUCGACGAAACUCAAAAUCUUGCUUCACUUCCACGCUACGACAUCAUUUCUGAUCCGGUGACAAAGGGGCCUUCUAAAUGUUACGAUGCGCGGUAUCAGGGAGAGCCUCGCGGAAUUUACUAUUCUCAUACCGUAGUCAUCAUCAAUGCUGUGAAAGCUUGAUCGGUAAACAACGUUUUCAGACGCGGUCAUUGAGCUUCCUGCCGUUUGCACCAAGCGAGGAAGUUGCUGCGAAAACAGCACCAGCAGAUGACAGUCUCGAUAUACCUUCAGGAAACGCCAAAACAAUUGAUACGGCAUCUGGAUCCUCGGAGUUCCCACUAGAACAGCAGUCUGCAAGGGAGAUCCCUUUGAGCAGCUCGACCAGCCUAUCAACACAUGGUACUGCACUCCCCAGAUUAAACAAAAACCAUGAAAUCGGAAGCACUGGAAUUCCAGGAUCAGAUCAACAGCUUAUUCAACGAGGUUCCGACGAACAGAGGCUCAAUGUGGAAGAUGAACCGCCUGAUUUCGACGAGGCGCCUUAUGCCAUAACUCUUCCUGACGACACCAUUGUGAUCUUUGCUCCGGGGCACCAAGUGGACGAGAAUACGUUCAAAGCACUCCAGCAGUUCUGGCAAGAAUUCCAAAAACUCAAGCUCUUCGCGGCGAAGGAAGGCGUCGCACUAGUCGUCACAAGCACGACGCCGAGAUGGAUCCGGUUAUGGAUCUAUGAUUCCAUUUCUCCUCCUUUAGCGGUACAGAGUAUGCUCGCUGAUAUGAAAGUUUACAAGUGCAACAUAAAAUUAGACUCAAAUCCUGCGGGAUCGUCUUAUAAUCGCUUCACACACAAAGAUCAGACGCAUUUGGGGUGGCGUAAAUUGAACUUCAGGGAUAAACUCCUUCCAGCACUCUUCAAUCAAACAGGUCUUGUGGACUGCUCUGGAAGUUUGCGAGCCAUCGAGCCUACGGUUCAUCCAAUAGGUCAAGCAUGGCAACAGAUCUAUUUCGAACUUCCUGCGGAACAGAGACCCGAAGAACUACUAUACCUUUCUCUUCUUGAUCCGCACAACUCACAGGCCCUGCAGAUUACGCUGGCCGAGAAACUUGUAGCACAUGACAAACACUUCGACGUCAAGAAGCAUGCUGUGACACUGAGUCAGGAGCAGGAAGACGUCCUAGUAGACUCUUCCGACAGACUGGAAGCGAAAUCAGGCCUCAGCGAAGAAGCGCAUAACACCAACGACGAACCUACCGAUCUUGGAUCGAAGCUAGUUCCCUCUAUAUCGGUGACCUUGUUCGAUGGGACCUUAAUCAUCCUCAGAUCAAGCCUCGAGCAUAUACUGCAGCGAAUUUCUCAAUGGUGGACGCAGUUCCCUGACCGGUCUAAUGGGGGCUCGUACAACCACCCUCUAUUCAUAUUUGCUCGCUCCGGUCAAUCCACGACUCACAUCAGUAUUAGAGUGAUUGGCCAACAGGAUUGGUUGACCGAGCCAAUGAUGCGGUAUGGGUUGACUUAUAGCAUUACGGCCGAAGGAUGUUUGCUUGAGAAUCACGAGACACGGGAGACGCUCAUACCAGAUAAAAUGUCUCCACAGAUAAAGAGAAACUUGAUUCGCAACACUCUAUCACAGAGUCAUAAGGCCCUCCAAAAUCACAUCGGAACAAUGGACAGAGCAGGCGUCUUACAAAAAAGCGAGCAUCCAACUAUCCAUCCUCUGUUGAGCGAGAGGGCUGCGACAGGUUCCUUUACCAACUCUAACCGUUAUCUACGAGAGACAACGAGCGGGCGGAAGUCCAACUUCGACAAAACCGAGCACUCUCAAUAUACGAGCAAAUUGCGACUACCAUGAGAUUAGCAGGUGCGGUUUACGAAGUCAUUAAGAUGUUCGACGACGAGAUACAAAAAGGCCCGCCACAAUUGGAUCACAACUUCACUCCAUUUGAUGCAGUCGGAG